AUAAGCCUUCUCUUUUUUCAUCCCACCUCAGCCCAGUAUGCUUAUUACCAAGGAGAACAGAAAGGCUAUCUACGAGGCUCUUUUCAAGGACGGUGUUUUGGUCGCCCCCAAGGACUACAACCUCCCCAAGCACCAGGACAUUGAUGUCCCUAACUUGCAGGUCAUCAAGGCUAUGCAAUCCUUGACCUCCCGCGGUUACGUCAAGACUCAGUUCUCUUGGCAAUACUACUACUACUCUCUUACCAACGAGGGUAUUGACUACCUCCGCGAGUUCUUGCACCUUCCCACUGAGAUCGUCCCCGCUACCCUCAAGAAGGCUGCUCGUCCCGCUGCUCCUCGUCGUCCUGCUGGUGAGGGCCGUGAAGGUUUCCGUCGCGAGCGCGAUGACUACCGCCGCAAGGAGGGUGCUUCUGGUGAAUUCAAGCCAGAGUUCCGUGGUGGUCUCGGUAAGUCCUUGUUGUAAUAUGUGGACCUAGCUGUGUUUGAUUAUUCUAAU